GGGCAGGGGCCGGGGCAGGGCGGCGGCGGCGGCGGCACCAUGGCCGGCAUCACCACCAUCGAGGCCGUCAAGCGCAAGAUCCAGGUGCUGCAGCAGCAGGCGGACGACGCGGAGGAGCGGGCCGAGCGGCUGCAGCGGGAGGUGGAGGGGGAGAAGCGGGCCCGGGAGCAGGCCGAGGCGGAGGUGGCCUCCUUGAACCGCCGCAUCCAGCUGGUGGAGGAAGAACUGGAUCGCGCCCAGGAGCGGCUGGCCACGGCCCUGCAGAAGCUGGAGGAGGCCGAGAAGGCCGCGGACGAGAGCGAGAGAGGCAUGAAGGUCAUCGAGAACCGGGCCCUGAAGGACGAGGAGAAGAUGGAGCUGCAGGAGAUCCAGCUGAAGGAGGCCAAACACAUCGCCGAGGAGGCCGACCGGAAGUACGAGGAGGUGGCACGCAAGCUGGUGAUCAUCGAAGGGGAUCUGGAGCGCACGGAAGAGCGGGCAGAACUGGCCGAAUCUCGCUGUCGGGAAAUGGAUGAGCAGAUCCGACUGAUGGACCAGAACCUCAAGGGCCUGAACGCGGCCGAGGAGAAGUACUCCCAGAAAGAGGACAAGUAUGAAGAGGAGAUCAAGAUCCUGACAGACAAGCUUAAAGAGGCGGAAACUCGGGCCGAGUUCGCCGAACGGUCGGUCGCCAAGCUGGAGAAGACAAUCGACGACUUGGAAGACGAGCUCUAUGCGCAGAAACUCAAGUACAAGGCCAUUAGUGAAGAGCUGGACCACGCCCUCAAUGACAUGACCUCCAUAUAAACUGAAACGCACCAAAGAAGACCACCUGUGCACACAGCGGAUGCUGGACCAGACCCU